GGGCUAUUUAAAGACCAAGGGAACGAAGGUACUCCCACAACACGCACUUUCAAAGUUUUGGAAGCUUGCAAGACUUGGAGUCUCCUUGCAGACUCUCAGACGAAUUCCAUAGCCGAGUAUGCAGCGCCUUAUUGGGGACCGAGUAGUUCGGUUGGUGGUGUUUGUGGUUGUUUUCUGCACUCUGAGUGCUAUGAGCCAGUCUAGUGAUGAAGACUUCGAGUCAAGUUAUUCAAGUUCCAGUCAAUACGAGGGCUGGCCGAAAAGACUACCGUGCAUAGACAACAACCGCAGAAUUUCUUAUCACGGUGAAACCUACUCGCCUUGCCCUUGUUCGUCUUGCACGUGCCAGAAUUCUACUUUGCUUUGCUUGAUGCAAUCCUGUCACCCACCAACAUGCAGCAAACCAGUUCAUCCUCCUGAUCGGUGCUGCCAAGAAUGCCCAUUCAAUGUAACCGUGACCAGUGUGACACCAAUGCUUUCUGGAGUUCUAUCCUCCCAGGCAGGCAGAGAAGAAAACUUUUUCACCGUCAACCUGAAAGUAACCUACGCAAACACCAACGAGACCACGAACAUAGUGGGACAAGGCCUUUGGCAGACAGCAAUGUGGUUGAGUAGUCAAGAGGACGGGUCCGUCAAGCUGCCAGGCACCCUGGUGGACAACGUCCUGACGGAAGGCCAGCAGUCCCAGAGCCUGCUGAAACGAGGACGUACCUCGACAAACUUCUUCAUCGAGAACAUCAGGUACCCAGUAGACAUGACGGAUCUGACCGACGGCAAGGCGCAGUAUCUCUGCGCCAAAUUCAGCAAGGGCGAAAACCCGGAAUUUGAGAAGUCGUACCUCGAGUUUCACUUCGAGGCGAAACCUACCGAAGACGUGCUGAUUGGAUGCACUCUCCUGGAGAACCGUAGAGAUGUGAGUGUGAACAGUGUGACACUAAUGUUGUCCGGAGAUGGAUCCAUCCAGGAAGGCAGAGAAGAAAACUUUCUCAUCGUCAACCUGACAGCGACGUACGCAAAUACCAAGACCACAAACAUAGCAAGACAAGGCCUUUGGCAGACAGCAAUGUGGCUGAGUAGUCAAGAGGAUGGGUCCGUUGAACUGCCGGGCACUCUGGCUGACAACGUCCUGACGGAAGACCAUCAGUCUCAGGACCUGCUGGAACGAGAUGCGGUAUCGACCAGUUUCUUCUUUAGCGAAAUCAGGUACUACGUGGACAUGUCGGAUCUCAAAUGUGACGAGGCGCAAUACGUCUGUGUGAAGUUCAACAAGAGGGAUAAGCCGGAACUACAGAGGUCGUUCCGGAGGUUUCACUUUGCGGCGAGGGGUCGACCCAGGGAAAAUGUGUUGAUUGGAUGCACUCCCCUGGAGGGUUGCAGAGUCCCGCCCGCGAAGUUGCCUUGUAGAGACAAUACCGGCCAGUGGUAUCUUCACGGGGAAACCUUCUCGCACACCGUUUGUUCGUCUUGCACGUGCGACAACUCUGUUUUGCGCUGCUACUUUUACUCGUGCCUACCACUGACAUGCAGCAAGCCAAUUUCUCUUCCUGGCAAGUGCUGCAGAGUAUGCCAAUACGAUAUAACCGUGACCAGUGUGACACCAAUGCUUUCUGGGGAUCUAUCCUCUCAGGCAGGCAGAGAAGAAAACUUUCUCACCGUCAACCUGAAAGUAACCUACGCAAACACCAAAGAGACCACAAGCAUCGUUGGGCGUGGCCUUUGGCAGACAGCAAUGUGGUUGAGUAGUCACGAGGACGGGUCCGUUAAGCUGCCAGGCACCCUGAUGGACAACGUCCUGACGGAAGACCAGCAGUCCCAGAGCCUGAUGAUGCGAGGAAAUACCUCGACAAACUUUGUCAUUGCGAACAUCACGUACAAAGUGGAAAAGGAUCUGAUCAGCGGCAAGGCGCGGUACCUCUGUGCCACAUUCAGUAAGGGCAAAAACCCGGAACUUGAGAAGUACGUCCUGUUUCACCUUGAGGCGAGACUCUCUGAAGACGUGCUGGUUGGAUGCACUCCCUUGGAGGACUUCAGAGGCAACGUUCGAUUGGUCGGUGGUCCCAAUCCCUGGAGUGGACGCGUAGAGAUCUACCUUGACGACACCUGGGGAACAAUCUGUGACCGUGACUGGGACAUGGAUGACGUCCAGGUCGUCUGUCGGCAGCUGGGGUUCACUGGGGCCAAGGAGGCCAAGCUGGGCGCCUACUUUGGUGAGGGGGAAGGUCCAGUCCACAUGACCGGCUUGGCGUGUAAAGGCACCGAGAAUCAUCUGCCUGAAUGCCUGUCGCGUUGCUGGGAGAGACCCACUUGUACCCACAAGCAAGAUGCAGGGGCGACCUGUCGUGAUAACAGCGGCUAAACAAGUACCUUGAGCUGUUGACCUUGGUUAUUUCAGUUAAAUGGCUAUGGUUACAUGUAGCGUGACCACUGUAGAAUUUCAGACAAAAUGCCAUGUAUCCAUAACUAUGUCGUGGGCUUUCUGCCUCACGUAUAAACUUAACUGUAAACUCAAUUUACUGCUAUUAUAUAGUCUUCAGUGAAGAAAAAAAUAGUUGUUGAAGUGAUACGAUACACGAUAUAAUGAUGCUUUAACUUCUUUUUAUUUGAAUACAAUGUAGCCACUUAAAUACUCUUAUAAUUUGUUUGCUUCGUGUAAAAAGUGAAAAUUGUAUCCCAGUCUCUUUAUUAUCUACACGUGACGGUGACAGUUCUAACCUACAACCAAUUAUAAACCUAGGCUCAAUGCAACGAUAAAAAACACCGCAACUUGGAGGUUAAUUGCUCACUUUUCAGACAACAGAACUUUACAAAAGGUAUAUUUAAGCCUACACUUUUGUUUAUGCGUCCCACAAUGCAGUGUUAGCAACUUUCUUCUAACGUUCUGUCACUCUGCAAGUGGAUUCACUUACAGUCUCUUGUGUGAAAUAAAGGUAAUUACCGCAA